AUCUGGAGCAAGCGUGCUUUUCGCAGAUUUCAAGGUGCAAACAUGAAGCUUUUUCUCUUCGCUGUGUUUGUGGCAGCAGUCACCUCCAGUGUCAGCGGGGGCAAGACCGCAAGACUGUUGGCAGCCAUGAAUGCUGGGAUGCUUAACGGGAUGAUAGGAGGAGGUUUGAACCCCCCUCUGAUGGCUGGUGGUGGAGUUGGUUUACUUGGGCAGCCCCAGUUUGCUCAGAUUGUUCCUGGACUCCCUGCCUUUGCUGUUCGAGCUCCAGUUCCUAACAUGUUCCCUGCAGCAGUCAAUCCGUACCAGUUCCCUGUGAUGGGUGUUCCUCAAAUGCCCCAAAUGAACCCUCCUCAGCAACUUCCAAUGGGAAUGGCUGGUGGUGUCAUGCAGCAGCAGCCUGCCUAUCAGGCUCCUUUCCAGGCUCCAUUCCAGGCUCCUUUUCAGGCUCCUUUCCAGGCUCCUGCCCAGCCUCCUGCUCAGCCUCUGGUUCAGCCUGAUCCACUCCGAAGAUUCAGGCGUCAGACUGUGAAAUCUGAAAAUGCAGCAAAGUCUUCUGUGGACACACAGAUUCCACGUCCCGCUGAGCCCACGACAGUUUCUCCGUGUAACAAUAAGGAAGCUAAUUAAGUUCACGCUGGUAAUAUGUCAAAAUCCGACUCCAUGGCACAAAGAGGCGUCUCACGUUGUCUUAUUCUAUGUAUCUUCAUGAUUUGAAUCAAAAUUAAAAUCAAUCAGUUUUUGUACCUUUGUUUCCAAUAAAGAAAUUAUGUUGAAAUCAG